UGUGUAUCCAUCGGUUUUUAGGAAACACAACUCACCCUGAUGGCUGUGCGACUGGCCAAACGGAGUUGAUGUGAUCUGCCGCACCUCUUUGUGUUUCCCAUGUCUUACGCUGGCCAGGCGUCGGCUUCUGCGGCUUCGGCUUCGUCCCGGUCGAGGUCGAGGGAUGGCGAUUCCGUCUACGUCCAAGAUUCCAUGUUUGUCUCCGAGGCUGUGAAGAGGAUCCAGCAGUGCACUGCUGAAAUCCGGAAAGAGGCCAACCUCUUGGCACCUUCAACUUCUGCCGCAGCGCGAAAGAAGGUGGAAGCGACCCUUCACACUGGAAACCAGGCGGUGCAAGACGCGAAACGACGGCUAGAGAAGCUUAGCUACAACGGUGGGGAUACUUUCGGCGAGCAGAGGAAUCGCAGCUUGAUGCAGCAAAAACUCAGUGAAAACUUGACCAAAGGUAUUCGCGAUCUUCAGGUGAGCUUCCAAGUCUUCGAGCAGGCUGAGAAGAGGCUGGCAGAGAUGCCAACGACGACGCCUCAGAGGCCCACGGAAGAUCUGGAGAUGGGCUCUCUACCUGCUGGACAGGGACGGCUGCAAGCAACUGCAGACUUGGUCUCGGAGGCUGAAUUGGAUGUACACACCGCCAUUGUGGAGGAGUAUGCGCAAGAUAUCUCCACACUGGCACAAGAUGUCAGAGGACUUCAACAGGCAAUGGCUGACCUCUCUUUUCACACCAAGGUGCAAGGAGACCUUCUCGACAGCAUCGAGGGAGACUUCCUCAGCUCAACACAAAACACGGCCAAUGCCAGCGAGCAGCUCACCCAGGCCAGUCACUCGCAGAGGCGUGGCUCCAAAUUCAUCUACUGGCUCCUGUUGCUCGCAGCCGUGCUGGCGGUCAUCUUGAUCUUCGUGGUGGUUUACAGGUCCUCGCAGUGAUGGCGUAGCCAUUUGUCGAUUGCACCGAGAACAGGGUGUCUUUGCAAAGGAUCUUUGCCAUCGCCGAAACGCUGCAACGAUCGCUUUGAUGUCAAAAUUAGGAAAGUCCAUCUUACCUGUGCCUGCAGUGGGACUGUUAGAUAUAAUGAAAGCGAUGGUUG